AGAAUUUGUCGGUGUCCUCUUCGAUCUUGAUGGCUGCAGCCCCUGCAUGCAUGUUACAUUUUCCGGCAACUUCCGCGAGUUGUUUGCAAGAACCUUUCCUCCGCGUAACUCUUCGGAAAUCUUCUACUUCUUCUGGAUUAGUAGCUUAGUUAUUGUUUCCAUGUUGAAAAGGAAAAGAUAAGAUGUGCAGCUCUGUUCGUUAAGUUUAAGCUUGCAACUUUCACCCGGUGCCCGGAGUGAAAGUCUAAACGACUCGUCGCAUGCGAGGGGCCCGCAUUAAAACCUCGUCGAUUGGCCGCCAUAACAUGAUCCGGUGCCAGACGCUACUACACGAGCAGCAGUAGUGCCCGAGCAGUCAAGGACCUGCAGUUUGAGGUCCUCUGCUCUCGGAAGAUCGUAGUACGUCGAUGGGCUUUACGUCGAACGGCUCGGCAGGUGGGAUGGAGCCAAUGAGCAUUGUAAACAGCACCGACGGGCCGACGCGGGCGCAGAAGCUCGCGGCGGGAUGCUACACUGUAGGGCUCGUGCUCACCACGUUCUGCAUUUCCAUUGCCCUCCUGAACAUCACAAAGUAUACAGUUUAAGUUUUAUAAAUCAAAGCAUACUGAUCAAGGCUUAGCGUCAUCUGACACCACCGGAAAAUCCAGAGUUGCAGACCUCCAGAAGUAGAACCUACAGGAGCUGUAGAGUAUAUCUAUGUCAACCUGGGCAGAAGUUGCGGAUUUAGAUAAAUUCGAAUGCAGCAAACCUUACUCACGGCAGGUGGAUAUAUGUGGUUUACUCCUUCAAGUAUCCACUCUGGAUGACGUGCACGCACAUGAUCGCGAGUUACCUCAUGGCUUCAUUGAUGAUUUUCGGCUUCGAUAUGGUGCCCGUACGGAGAAGGCUUACUUUCCGAGAACAGGUUUUCGUUGUGGCGCCAUUCAGGUAUCUGAUAGUGUUAAUAGUGCUGGUUGAGGAGCACGACCCAGUCGGAACAUGUGCUGACAAGUAUAGUAAAAUGAACCGCAGUCACGGUCACCGCCGCGAAUGAUUCGGGUCUUGUUUCUUUUUUUCAGCGCACGAGUAAAUUAAUAUACAACUUUUCACAUGUUGACAGUAUACUUGGUGCCGCGUCAAUAGCCUGCGGCAACGCGGCGCUAGUGUUUCUCUACCCCUCGUUUCACGAGAUGCUGCAGAAUACAACGCCGUUCUGGACGGUGGUCUGCUCCAUGAUAUUUGCCGGCAAGCGGUACAACGUGGCGGCGUACUUCGCACUCAUUCCGGUCACUUUUGGCGGCAGUCUGUGUGCCUGGGGGGAGCCCAGUAAGUUCGCCAUUUUCGGGCUGGUGGUCUCCAUGGGGGCCGCGAUUUUUCGUGCCCUGCGAGCAAUCGUCCAAGCCAACAUCAUGCGGGGCCAGGAUCCCAUAGACAGCAUAACGCUGCUGUUCUACGCAGCACCAUUCAACACACUGCUCUUCCUGGUAUAAUUCAAGGUUUUUUAUUGGGCACACGCACACUCAACAGGUGUCAUUUACUAGAGUGGAGAAAUUGUAUAUUGUGUCUGCAAGUGCCGAUAAGCAUAACUAAAACUUUGACGUCAAUGUUGUGCCGAAGAUAGAAGAAGAAGUUGAAGCAUUUGUUCCCCAAAGAAAUCAACGAAUCACAGGGCGGCUCGCUCGCGAUAGAAGGAAGUGGGCCUUGGAUAGAUAUAUUCGAGGUGCCAUUCAGCGGCUUGCUUUGGAUUGCGAGCGCCGCAAGUUGCGCCGCGUGCUAUAACGUACCGAUUUCUGAUUUUCAUUCCAUCUUCAUUUCGCAUGAUGAUAAAACACGAACCUGCAGCAAUCAUAACGACUGCCAUUGGAAGAUGAAAAAGUAUUGCCUGAAUAAAAAACGGGAUGAUGGUGUUGUAGUAUGCUCGCAAAAAUAAAUUCAAACGUUUCAGCUUUUCGCCUUCCUCCUGGUGGGGCACCUCGGCGCCGUGGGCUCCAUGGUCAUGGGGAACCUCAAAACACCGACAAUAAUCGUCUCAAGCACGAUAAUAUUUGGUAAGGUUGUUCUGGUGUCUUUGUCUAUUUGUUUGAUUUGUUUGAUAGAAUGCGAUUUUAUGCAUAGUGGAAAAAUCCAUCCUUGUUAAAUGUGAUUUGCUGGUUAUUUGGGCUCAUCUUCUUCGUCUUCCGCAAGAAGGGGCACCAGAACGAAGCAUGACAAGUUCAAGUUCUGCUUUUUCAUGAUUGCACUACAAGUCGAUUUGGUGUUGGUCGCAUUGUGUUGCAGGUAACCUGAUCACUCCCGUCCAAGUUUUGGGGUUUCUCGUCGCAAUGACGGGUGCGUACUUGUACAACACCUACGGACAGGAAAGCCAAAGCGCUGCCGCGGAGAAGAUAAAAUAUACCGUGCCCACGGCCAGCACGACCGUGGGCAGCGGUUCCGCGGGAGAAUUCGGGUUGGACGACGAGGACGAACUCACCAGCGAGUUCGAGCCAACGAUGCAGAAGGCCCGAGGGCGGCCGUGACAUGUUCUUCGGUUGGCAGGUCAGAGUUGUAGAUCUCCGCGGAGACCACAGCGCAUCAAAUCAAAUUUCUCAACAACUCCUGGCCUCUAGCUGGUGGGUGGACGCAUGAUAUACAUAGAAAUAGCCAUGAAUAUACAAAUACAUGUUGCAGAUGCAG